AUGGGGGCUCAGCACCACCGGGAUCGCCUGCUGCCAUCCCAGCUCAUCCCAGGGGAAACCGAGGCACACAUCAUUGAGAACCAGCAGGCGCUGACGACCUUGACCCGAGCUGACACCAGGAUGCUGCGGGACCUCAGGAACCUCACCAUCUCCAGGUCGGGGCUGCAGCACAUCUCUGCCGAUGCCUUCCUGGACACCCCCAGGCUGAGCCACGUGAAUCUCUCCUCCAAUGCACUGCAAAGCCUUUCCUGGAAAACCUUCCAACAUCUGCCCCUGCAAGAGCUCAUCUUGGUGGGAAAUCCCUUCAACUGCUCCUGUGGCCUCCGCUGGCUGCAGCUGUGGCAGAGCAGCAGCCGGGCUGAGCUGGGGAACCAAUCUCUGGGCUGCUGGGAGGGCAGCGUGCUGGUGCCCCUGGGCAGCCAGGUUCUCCACACCUGUGACCCCCCGACCGUCCACAUCGAGCCCCCUGAGGUGGUGCUGCGCCAAGGGGACAGCGUCAACCUCACCUGCCACGUCAGUGCCGACCCGCCGGCCACCGCAGAGUGGCUGGUCCCCGAGGUGGGACCCGAGCUGCUCGUUGUCACCAAGGCACGUCCUGCACUCCAAGCAGCCUCUCUGCCCCGCAGGUCCCAUGGCCCUGAUGCCAAGAUCCUGGAGCAGGGCCCGGGCCAGCCCCGGGGGCCGCUGGCGCUGGGCCACAUGCUGCACAUCGCCACGCAGAUCGCCUCGGGCAUGGUCUACCUCGCCUCCCUCCACUUCGUCCACCGGGACUUGGCCACCCGCAACUGCCUGGUGGGCCAUGACCUGGUGGUGAAGAUCGGGGAUUUUGGCAUGUCCCGGGACAUCUACAGCACUGACUAUUACCGGGUGGGGGGCAGGACCAUGCUGCCCAUCCGCUGGAUGCCUCCCGAGAGCAUCCUGUAUCGUAAAUUCACCACCGAGAGCGAUAUCUGGAGCUUCGGCGUGGUGCUCUGGGAGAUCUUCACCUACGGGAAGCAGCCCUGGUACCAACUCUCCAACACUGAGGCCAUCGAGUGCAUCACGCAGGGGCGGGAGCUGGAGCGGCCCCGCACAUGUCCCUCCGAGGUGUACUCCAUCAUGCAGAGCUGCUGGCACCGGGAGCCCCAGCAGCGCCAGCCCAUCAAGGAGAUCCACAGCCGCCUCCAGGCCCUCGUCAAGACGCCCCCCGUCUACCUGGACAUCCUGGGCUGAGUGGGGACCCCCACCCAGCCUCUGCUCCCCGCUGUUCCCCUGCCCGCCCUGCUGCCCAGGGGCACAGCUCUGCCCCACACAGCCCUGGACUGAUGCCCCAAGGCAGGAGAAGCCUGAAACCUUAUUUAUAGUGCAAAAUGCCAGCCCAGUCCUGGGGGCUGGGGGACCCCCAGGGCUGUGGCCCCCGGUUUGUGGCCCUGCUGUCUGGCUCCUUGGCAUUCCCACAGCGCUGGGAUGGAGGCUCUUGGCUGAUGUGGGUUGGCUCAG